AUGCACGGGAGCCAUACCAAGGGCAGCGCCAUGGAGAAAUGCUUCCCCGGAGAGAGCGGGCAGCGGGAGGUCCACGACACCCUGUCAGAGGGGAUAGACCGCAUGAAGGACCUCAACGACCGCUUCGCCAAGUACAUCGACAACGCCAUCUUCCCGCUGCAGCGCAAGAACAGGGAGCUGCAGGAGGAGCUGCAGCUGGCUGAGAAAGAGGAGUACAACAAAUCCAGCGCCAUCUACAAGCGGGUUCAGUGCGACUUCAAGCUGAGGCUGGAUGACCACCAGAAAGAGGUCAACGCCUUCAAAGCCGAGAAGGAGAAGUUUAAAAAAUGCUUUGAGAAGGAGUGCCAUCAGAGAAAGGAGUGUGAGAAAGAUUUAGAGGAAUUGAGAAAGAAAUACGAUGAAACCAGUUCUACCUUAGAUAAACUUCAACGUAAGAUUAAACUUAUGGAAGCAAAUCUCACCCAACUUCAAGAUGUCCGGGAGCGAGAGCGUAAUUAUUGGAAGCAUAAAGUGGACCAUAUCCAAAAUCUGGAAUCGAUUGAUACUUUCAAAGCCGACCUUGAGCAGUCUUUGAGAGAAAUUCGUAAUGAAUAUGAAGAAAUUGCUAAAAAGAAUAAAGAGCAAAUAGAAAGAUAUAAACAAAAGUUUGAAGAACAAAAUUCUUCAACCCUGCAAAAGGUCAAGAAGGAAAACGAGUGUUACCGCAAAGAAAUGAAUGAGCUGAAACUGAAAGAUGAGCUACAGAUAAAUACGGUGCAUGAAAAGGAUAGAGAAAUCGCUAAGCAAAAGGAAGCCAGCAAAUGCCUGGAGAAGAAAAUUGUGAAUUACACCAAUGAAUAUCAGGAAUUGCACAAUGUUAAGGCUCGGAUUGAACAAGAAAUGGCGACUUACAAGAACCUCCUGAGUCAGGUGGAAAAAAAAGCAAGAGAUUAUUCCUCGCAACCUUGCACACCUGAGACAGAAGAUGAUAGCUAUGAUGAGGAUGACGACGAUGAUGACGAUGAUGACAUUUGCCGCAACACCGAAGGGCUGGACGACGAGGUGAGGAUUGAAGAUUAG